AUGAGUUUACAUAAAGCCAGGAUAAAAGCUUUUGAGGAUAUUUUAAACAAAGAUGUCAUUGACUUUGAUCAAUUAAGGAAGCUUGCAUUUAAUGGUAUUCCAGAUGAAAAAGGCCUACGUUCAGUUGUAUGGAAAAUAUUGUUACACUAUAUACCCCAUGAAAAAGAUGCACGUGAAUCAACACUUAAAAAAAAGCGGCAACUUUAUUUACAAUUUAUAGAUGAAAUCAUAGUCACACCAGGGGGUGAUGCUGACCAUCCACUAAAUAUAAGUCCAGACAGUUCCUGGAGCACUUAUUUCAAAGACAAUGAAGUACUUCUACAAAUAGACAAGGAUGUAAGAAGGUUAUGCCCUGAAAUAUCCUUUUUCCAAUCUGCUACAGAAUUUCCUUGUGAAAAGGUGGUUAACAGCAAUGGAAUGAAACGGCUUCACAAGCGCGUUGAGCAAUCGGUAUUGAAAUAUGCAACUCUUGAAAGGAGAGGCUUGGGUGUUGCAAAGCUGAGCAGCGAAAUACGGCGAUCGGACAGUUUGACUAGCGGUGAUUACGUUCCUCUUAACGAAGGGUGCGAAGCUCACUGGGAGGUGGUGGAGCGAAUGCUCUUCCUCUACGCCAAGCUGAACCCCGGCCAAGGGUACGUGCAAGGCAUGAACGAAAUCAUAGGACCCAUAUACCACACAUUCGCCAACGACGCGGAUAAAGAUAACAGGGAGCACGCGGAGGCGGACUGUUUCUUUAGUUUCACGAAUCUGAUGUCGGAAAUCCGCGACUUCUUUAUACGCACCCUGGACGAGACCGAGAGCGGUAUCAACUACAUGAUGGACCGCCUAGGGAGCUGCCUGCGGAGCCACGACCCCGCCGUGUGGGACCGCCUCGAGCUGCAGGAACUGCGCCCGCAGUACUACAGCUUCAGAUGGUUGACGCUGUUGCUCUCUCAAGAAUUCUCCCUUCCUGACGUGGAAAGGAUCUGGGACUCGUUGUUUGCUGAUGAAAAAAGGUUCAACUUCCUCAUUUACAUUUGCUGUGCCAUGAUAUUGUUGGUGAGAGAAAACUUGCUGAACGGCGACUUUGCAUCAAAUGUUAAACUACUACAAAAUUUUCCUCCUAUGGAUGUAUCGUUAAUUCUGAACAAGGCCGCCGAAAUUGCAAGCGCAUAA